AUCCCAGUCAAUUUGCCAGCAACAAGUGAUUAAAAGAAGAAGUGUGUUUUCGCUGUUGCAAAAAAAUAUAAAUUUUUAAUCCUAUGGAUAUUUCCGUCUGGUGCGAAUAUGGCAGAUAGGCUUGUCGACGAACGAAUUCGAAAGCCUCGUAGAACUAAAGGCACACCUCUCUAUAUUCAGAGAAACUAUUUCGCUGGGGCGUUUAUAGCGUUCGGUGCUUUAUCUUGGUUCAUCUUUGAAUGCACAGCUACUGCUCAAGAAAUUAAGAAACUUCAAAAGAAAGGUGAAAAAUUCGUUGUGCCUGCAGCCCUACAGAGUAAAGCAGACCAUAUUCGAGCGAGUUUUGAGAAUCCUACUGUAGGUCUAUUAUUAUCGAAGGCAAGGGAUCGUGCUGCUUACAAAGAUGAAGACCCGGAGGAAACACCCAGCUGGUUCAAACGGCUCACCUCAAACCCAGAUGUCUAAACCAAACUUUAGCUCUCUAGAUGCAUACUUUAAAACAAACGCCAAUUUGAAACCUAAAUCUGAUUUUAAAACUUUUGAAUCGCCAUACAAAAACCUGCUCUCUGAAAUAGAAACGGCAGAUGGUGGUGAAGAAUCUCCCUUCCAAACGCCAAAGCCUACUCAACCAAAGAGGAACAUAAAAUGGGAAAUUUCUAAAUCAAAAGUACCCUCAAAAAAACGGUCUAAAAAAAGGAAAUGUUUAGCAAACUCUACCAUUAAAAUUAUCGAAAACAACCUCAGAAGUUCUGAUGUUAACUCUGAACAUCUCCAAAUGGGUAUCAUGCUUUCAAAAUCCUCAUUUGAGGCCGAGAAUAAUACCCAGAGCUCAUCUUCCUUGGAUGAUAUGCCGGACAUGAGCGCCUUGACCAGUACAAUUUUGGAAAGAUUUGGUUUUAGAUCUAAUAAGACGGUAGAGCCCAGGAAAUGGAACGAGCUUUCUAAGCAAAGGAAACGUUUUAAAUACGUAACUCCAAUCUUGUUAAGCCGCUCAGAAGAAGACCGAGAAGCUUUGAUAUCAUCAAAAAUUUCACUCAUACUGCAAAACGUUCACCAAGCACCACGUUCGACCUCAGCAUCGCCGCUCUCUCUGCACAGCAUAAAGCUAAAUGAACUUUAUUGCAGACAAAAGUGUGUUUUUAACAUCGAUAACAUAUACGACUCUGGCAGAUUUAAAAUUCCCAGCUUAAAUUUACCGCCUAAUGUUCCAUCUUGCGGGCGCCUUUUAAAAAAGUGGAACGAGAUUCCAGGUAGAGAUAUUUCACCUUUGAGAACCGAUGAAAAAAUAAAAAGCACUCCUGAAAAAACUAUUGAGCCUACUUUAUCACCAAGUCCUGGAUUGAGCAGAAGUAUGUCUCCCGAAUUGUUUGGAUCAGAGGAUGAGCUUACAUUUAAUAAAGUAAGGGGCAACGAUUCACCCAUCAUUAACAAAAAUCCAACCCAAUAUGCGAUUCCUGUGCCAUCAGAAGAUGUAACGAGGUUCAAUUCCCAAGAAACUUUUCCAUCUGUCUUUAGUAGAUUGACAGGUGAAGAGCAUAGUUUUACUGAGGUCGACUUGGAAGAUGUAUGUAGCAACAUUGACUUUGAACAUGUUUCUGCCAGUCAAAUAGAAAAAAGUCUGUCCAGUUCCAACAAAUUACAAACUUCAGGCAAUUCUGAUUACUCACUUUUAGACACCUUAGAAACAGAUAAAGUUAUCCGGGGUAGUUCCCCAAUAGUCAGUCAUCCAAAUAAACUACUUGGUAGCACAGGACAACCUAUAGUUGAUGAAACGGAUUUUUUUGAUGAUGUUGAAUUAAAAAGUCCUGUGACUCCCGACAGAGUAGAAAAGAUCUCCGUCACACCGAAGAGGUCAGUCGCAGACCAUCCAAAUUUUAUAUACAUUUCAUCAGGUUCUUCGAGCAACGAUUAUUUUCCUAUUGUCAAACGGGCAGAACAAGAAACACACAAAGAUUGCAGCCUUAGUAGAUCGAAAAGUGAGGGAUUGGAAAAUAAAAGUACCUCAAGCCUGCGCAGGACUUUUUCAGAAAGUCUAAAUGUUACGAGUUACAUAAUGGAAAUGUUGAACUCCCAAGAAUCGUUUAUGGAAUCUGAAGUGGAAGGCUGUAAUUUAAGUCAGCAAUCGACUAGCAGCGCCCUAUGCGAUGAAGAGCUUAACUAUUCUUCUUACCAUGGUGCACCGAUAGACACAGACCUACAGUUUGAUGGAUUUUCAAUGGAAAAGGAAGCCAGAUCCGCUGAUGAAAAUGUUUUCGAUAUUGAUUGUUUAGAGGAAGACACAGAUUGUCAUAAGUCGAUGUUGAAAGACAAAGUCGGCGAAUUCAUUUCUAUCGAUGAAGCUACCACCGGCACAAGUGAAAUCAACGUUAAAAUUAACGAUGUUGUGACCCCGAAUAGAAACGGUUCAGAGUUGCCAAAUGUAGUUGUUAAAACCAAGAAUGUAACGCCCAUGUUGGAUUACGACAACAUGAACACGCCUACUAUAGCUGAAGAGCUGGACAAGUUUGGAAUUAAACCUCUGAAAAGGAAACGAGGAGCGAUGCUUUUGAAGUACAUAUAUGAUUCGACUCAUCCUGUAAUUGAAAAGAAAAGCAAGACGGAUGAGAAUGAUCAAUUAAUUAAGAAACGCAGAAAUAAUAGAAGCUACGUGGAUGGUAUAAAGUGCAGCCCACCGAUCGAAAUUGCAGAAGAUAUCUUAGAAAACGAAAAUUUGGACGACUUGAUAUUUGAGAGAAAGCAGUCUACAAAGAUUUGUUCGUGCCGAAUACCCUUGCAAAUUGUCUGGCACAAUUUGGUUUCAUCCAAUCCAAUUAUUAGAGAAAAUAUUCUUUUGUAUGAGCCCCUGCAACUAGAGUCGCUUUAUAUGAUGAUAAAAGACCUCGGAUUCAGGUUUCAUAUUCAGGAUUUGUUGACAUUCCUCGACAAAAAGUGCAUCACGGUGAGGAUAAAACAAAAUCAGGCAAAAAAAUCCAUUUUUAAUGUAAAAGCUUACGCUGUAAAUAAAAAAUAAUUUUUCAAGCCA